UGUACUGCAGGUUACGAUCAAUUGUGCGCAAAGAAGGUUUUUACCUAUAACGAUAUGUGGAAAGAUGCCGAAGGUGUUCCUACUAAAUAUCAAGCUCAAGGCGGUUACGCCAAUAAAAUUCGUGCACAUUCAGGCUUCGUUUUUCAUAUUCCAGAAGAAAUUAGUUCCGCCGAGGCUAGUCCAUUGCUUUGUGCAGGCUUGUCUACCUUCGCUCCGUUAAAACGUCACAAGGUUGGUCCUGGAAAUAAAGUUGGUGUCGCCGGUGUUGGUGGUUUAGGUCAUUUGGCAAUUCAAUGGGCUGCCAAAAUGGGUGCUGAAGUUACCGCAAUCUCACAUAGUAGUGAAAAACGUGAUGAGGCGAUCAAACUUGGUGCUACACAUUUCUUGAAUAUUUUGGAGCCAAAUGAUGUUAAAAAAUUCACUCAUUCACAGGAUAUAAUCCUCUCAACUUCCUGCAACCCAAAUACAGAUUGGUCCAAAUAUAUGAACUUCAUCAAAAAUCAUGGAACCCUUAUUCUGGUCGGUCUUCCGGAAGCCCCGCUUCAGAUUCCUGUUUUCGCUUUCAUGAGGUUUGUAAAAGUCGAAGGUUCGUUGAUUGGCGGACGCCAAGAUAUUAAGGACAUGCUUGCAUUUGCUGUAAAGCAUAACGUUAGGCCCUGGGUUCAAAAAGUCCCUAUGAAAGACGUUAAUGAGGGAAUCAAGAUCGUGCUUAAUGGAAAGGCUAGGUAUAGGGUAGUGUUGGAAAAUUAA